AUGGGUCUCGGUAAAACAUCCAUCAAGCUGCGUGGUGCCGAGGUGGGAAUCGAGGCAAUCAUGCUGGGUUGUGUCACAUCGAUAGGUGGUUUUCUAUUCGGUUACGAUACCGGACAAAUUUCCAGUAUGCUUCUGUUCGUUGACUUCAGGCGUCGCUUCGGCCAGUACCAGAAUCCUGAUGGUACGUGGGCGUUCGAUACCGAGAUCCAGUCUCUGGUUGUUUCCAUGAUGUCCAUUGGUACGCUCAUCGGUGCCCUUGCGGGUGCCUACACCGCCGACUGGUUUGGUCGACGACGCAGUCUGUCCAUUGGCGUUGCUAUUUUCGUCCUUGGAAAUAUUGUCCAGAUUACUGCAAUGUACUCCUGGGUCCAUUUGAUGGUCGGUCGUAUCGUCGCUGGUCUGGGGGUUGGCAUCCUCUCGAUCGGUGUACCCAUGUUCCAGUCCGAAUGCUGCCCUCGAGAGAUCCGAGGCGCAGUGGUCGCAUCGUACCAGCUCAUGAUCACUAUCGGUAUCCUCAUCUCGAACAUCAUUAAUUAUGGCGUUCGCGAUAGCCCCGGUCAAGAUGGCGACGCCUCCUGGAGAAUCGUCAUUGGUCUCGGAAUAUGCUUCUCCCUUCCCCUCGGCAUCGGUGUCCUCUUCUCCCCGGAAUCUCCCCGCUGGCUUGCCGGUAAAGGUCGCUGGGAGGAAGCUCGUAUGUCGCUUGCCCGCCUCCGUGGCAAAAAAGACGACCCCAACGACGAAUUUGUCAACGACGACUUCAAGGAGAUGCAAGAAUCGAUCGCGGAGCAGGCCAAGGCCGGUCAGGGUACCUGGGUCGAGUGCUUCACUGGCCAGCCCUCUAACAUUCCUCGCCUUGUAUACCGUACCUUCUUGGGCUGUGCACUCCAGUUCUUGCAGCAGUGGACCGGAGUCAACUAUUUCUUCUACUACGGAGCCACCAUCUUUGAGUCCGCCGGUAUCGACGAUCCGAUCCAGACACAAUUGAUUCUCGGUGCGGUCAACGUUGCUAUGACUGUCCCCGGUCUCUGGAUGAUUGAGCGUUUCGGCCGCCGCAUGCCUUUGGUCUUCGGUGGUUUCUGGCAGGCAGCUUGGUUGCUCAUCUUCGCCAUCAUCGGCAUUGUCCGCCCACCCACAGAGUACGCCUCUUCCGGCAUCGUCAUGAUCGUUUGCGCCUGCAUGUUUAUCGCAUCUUUCGCUUCCACCUGGGGACCCUUCGUUUGGGUCGUCAUUGGCGAGACAUUCCCACUUCGUACCCGUGCUAAGCAGGCUUCGCUCGCGACCGCCUUCAACUGGCUCGGUAACUUCCUGAUCGGUUUCCUGACUCCCUACGCCAACGCUGGUAUCGGCUACGCUUUUGGUUUCGUCUUCUUCGCCUGCAACUUCGUCGCCGCAGCUAUCGUCUACUUCUUUGUUUUCGAGACCAAGUCUUUGACUCUCGAGAGCGUCAACGAUAUGUAUAUGGACUUGAGUGUCAAGGCGACCAGCAGUAAGAGCUGGGUUCCUGCCGGGUAUGUCGACCGCAACACGCGCGAUGAGUCUUACUGGCACCGCCGCACUUCGAUCUUGGACGAGCGCGCAGGCGCUGCACACGUUCCCAGGUCGGUCGAUGAGAAAAUCGAUGAGAAGGACUCCGAUGGCACUCCUCGCAACAGAUCCAUGCACCGCGAGACCCUUGGUGACGACAGGGUUGUAUAA